AUGGCAAACACGGUGGAAAUUGGAAAAAACAAGAACACGGACCUGACGGCGCCCACGCCGCAGAACACGCCUCUGAGCAAUGCUCCGAUCCAGCGCGAGCCGCUGUCGCGCCCCACGGUGACGACCAUUGGCGAGGAGGACGACGAUGACGACGAUGACGACGAGGAUGCUGCUGCCGCGGGCCUCCCUAAUGCCGCGAUCCAGAGCAUGAUCCAGGACAAGCUCAACGGCCUUGUCGGCCGCUCGUCGGGCUACAUCGAGUCGCUCCCCGACGAGGUGCGCCGCCGCGUCGAGGGCCUCAAGGGCCUCAACAUCGACCAUCAAAAGAUCGAGGCCGAGUUCCAGCGCGAGAUCCUUGCGCUCGAGAAGAAGUUUGCGCAGCGCUAUGCUCCGCUGUACGACCGCCGCAAGGAGAUCAUCCUCGGCAAGGUCGAGCCGACCGCCGCUGAGGUCGAGUCGGGCGAGACGGUCGACCGUGAGGACGACGAGGACGAGGACGAGGACGAGGACGAUGAUGAGGAGGACGACGAGAAGGAGACGCCCCGCUCCCUCGCCAACAUCUCGAUCAAGACCGACGCGCCAAAGGGCAUCCCCGAAUUUUGGCUCACCGCGCUCAAGAACCACGUGGCGCUGUCGGAGGUGAUCACCGAGCGCGACGAGGAGGCGCUGCGCCACCUCACCGACAUCCGGCUGCGCUACCUCGAUGUGCCCGCGAACGCGGCGCCCGAGCAGUCGCUGCAGGGCUUCCAGCUGGACUUUGUCUUUGAUGCGGCCAAGAAUGAGAACUUCUCGAACGAGGUCCUGACCAAGACCUACUUCUACUCCGACCAGGUCGGCUUCUCUGGCGAUCUCGUGUACGACCACGCGGAGGGCACGACGAUCGACUGGAAGUCGCCCGAGGCGAACCUCAUGCACCGUGUCGAGACCAAGAAGCAGCGCAACAAGAACACGAACGAGACGCGUACCGUCAAGCGGUUAGUCCCGACCGAGUCCUUCUUCAACUUCUUCUCGCCGCCCAAGCCCCCGACGGACGAGGAGGAGGAGGACGAGGAGGAGCUCGAUGCGCUCGAGGAGCGCCUCGAGCUCGACUACCAGAUCGGCGAGGAUCUCAAGGACCGCAUCAUCCCGCACGCCGUCGACUUCUUCACCGGCAAGGCCCUCCACUACGAGAACCCGGAGGAGUGGGACGACGACGAGUACGGCGACGAGGACUUCGAUGAUGACGAGGACGACGACGAGGACGACGCACCGCGCGGUGGUGCGCGUGGCCAGGACCCGCAGGAAUGCAAGCAGCAGUAG